AUGGCUGUGGCUCUGCCCCAGAGCUCCACCCCUUUCUUCUUGGUGCUGCUGCUGCCGCUGCUGCUGCCGCCGCCGGGCCCAACACGGCAUGCAGCUGCUGCACAGCGCUGCCCACGGGUCUGCAUCUGUGACAGCUCCAGGCGGCAUGCUGUCUGCAGGCAGCAGAACCUCACUGAGGUGCCAGACACCAUCCCCGAGCUGACCCAACGGCUGGAUCUCCAGGGCAACAAGCUGAAGGCGAUCCCCCCAGCGGCCUUUGGGGCCCUGCCAUACCUGACACACCUGGACUUGCGCCAUUGUCGAGUAGAGCUGGUGGCUGAAGGGGCCUUCCGAGGCCUGGGCCGCCUGCUCCUCCUCAACCUGGCCUCAAACCGCUUGCGUGUGCUGCCCCAGGAGGCUCUGGAUGGGCUGGGCUCUCUGCAACGGCUGGAGCUGGCUGGGAACCUGCUGGAGGAGCUGCGCCCGGGCACAUUCGGGGCGCUGGGGGCACUGGCCACCCUGAACCUGGCGCACAACGCCCUCGUCUACCUGCCGGCCAUGGCCUUUCAGGGGCUGCUGCGGGCCCGCUGGCUGCAACUGUCCCACAACGCGCUCAGCGUGCUGGCCCCCGAGGCCCUGGCCGGCCUGCCCACCCUGCGCCGCCUCAGCCUGCACCACAACGAGCUGCAGGCCCUGCCCGGGCUGGCGCUGUCCCAGGCUCGGGGCCUGGUGCGUCUGGAGCUGGGCCACAACCCGCUGACCUACGUGGGCGAGGAGGAUGCGCUGGUGCUGCCCGGCCUGCGGGAGCUGCUGCUGGACCACGGGGCACUGCAGGCCCUGGACCCGAGGGCCUUCGCCCGCUGCCCACGUCUGCGCACCCUGGACCUCCGCGGGAACCAGCUGGACAUGCUGCCUCCGCUGCAGGGCCCGGCCCUGCGCUGCCUGGGCAAUGGCGCAGAGGAGGAAGAGGAGGAGGUGGCAGCCCGGCUCCGCGCCCCUACCCGCGCCCCCCAGGAGGAUGAGAGGGCAGCCCGGCCCUGCCCGCGCAGCUGCACCUGCUCCUCCGAGUCCUGGCACAGCAGCUGCGAGGGCCGCGGUCUGCGAGCGGUGCCCAGCGGCUUCCCCAAUGCCACCCAGCUCCUGGACCUGCGGGGGAAUCACUUCCCCUCAGUGCCUCGAGCGGCCUUCCCGGGCCUGGGCCACCUGGUAUCCCUGUACCUCCAGCACUGCCACAUCACUGAGCUAGGGGAGGGCGCCCUGGCGGGCCUGGGCCGCCUGGUCUACCUCUACCUUGCAGACAAUCAGCUGUCAGGCCUCAGCCCAGCUGCCCUGGAAGGGGCGCCCCACCUGGGGUACCUGCACUUGGAGCGCAACCGCUUCGUGCGGGUGCCGGGGGCUGCCCUGCGUGCCCUGCCCAGCCUUUUCUCUCUGCACCUGCAGGACAAUGCCCUGGCACGCCUGGAGCCAGGGGACCUGGCGGGGGCGCAGGCCUUGCGCUGGCUCUACCUGAGUGGCAACCGCAUCACCCAAGUGUCCCCAGGGGCACUCAGCCCCGCGCGGGAGCUGGAGAAGCUCCACCUGGACGCGAACGAGCUUCGCGACGUGCCCACAGGGGCCUUGGCCGGGCUGCCGGCCCUGGCGGAGCUGCAGCUCUCGGGGAACCCUCUCAGCGCCCUCCGCGACGGAGCCUUCCGGCCUGUGGGCAGGUCUCUGCAGCGGCUCUUCCUGAACGGCAGCGGCCUGGAGCAGGUUUCUCCCGGCGCCUUCCAGGGCCUGGGGCCCGGGCUUCUGAGCCUGCACCUGCAGGAGAACUGGCUGCAGGUCCUGCCCGCCCUGCCUGCACUCACACGGCUCGAAGACAUUGACCUAAGUGGCAACCCCUUCCGCUGCGACUGUCAGCUGCUCCCGCUACACAGGUGGCUCUCGGGGCUGAAUCUGCGGGUGGGGGCCACCUGUGCAGCACCCCCUAGUGCCCGGGGCCAGAGGGUGGCAGCCGCCGUGACUGCAUUUGAAGACUGCCCUGGCGCCAGGAGAGCCCCCACUGAGGGAAGACUCCGGGGAGCUCACAGGUUAGCAGUGGGGCUGCAGAGCAAGGGCAGCAUCUACCUGGCAGCUGCCGUGAAGAUGAAAAUCAGCUAUUACAACAUGAUCUUCACGCAGUCAUGGGAUGUCAGGCAGAGCGUUUACAAACGUUAA